CAUGUAUGUGUUACAAGGAGAAAAUCACCAAUGGAUCAAGAAGAUGAAACCCUAAAAUGUAAAAGAAUUGGUAGUGAUUAUAGUAGAAGACCUAUUGGAAGACCAUGCAAAAUGCCAUAUCCAAAAUUGGUGCCACAAAGAGGACUUGGAGUGGCACAACUUGAAAAACUUAGACUUGAACAAGAACAAAAGGAGAAGACAGCUGUAAUAGCUGCAAUUGCAUCAUCAUCCAAUUCUGAUAUCCCUUAUGAUAAGCAUCCUUCAAGCUCUGUUUCAAUUGCAAACAGUCGUGGAUAUAAUGCUGGCUGGCAUGGCGCUCUAGUUUUGGGGCAUGCAACUGGGCCCCAGUUGCGGGAUCCCCAUGAUUUGGAAUUUGGGAAGAAGAACAUUGGGAUGAAUCCUCGAUUGACUUUUGCAUCAACUUUGCCUUGUGAGUCCAAUACUAUCAUGCCCUUCCCGAAUUGGGUGCAGCAAACACAACAACACCAACAACAUCCUUUCUCAUCAACGGUGGGUGUCUCCUCAAGGACUUCAUCAACAAUUGUGCCUCAUUCCUCAGUAGAGCCCUAUUCAAACAACCAAACCUAUGUUUCUAAGAGGCUAGAUAAGAUAAUAGGGAUUAAAAGACCAAACCCAUUCUCCGUGAAGAAAACACCUCUGUCCUCAUCCAAUUUAAAGCCUUUUGAGUCGAACCCUAUUAGGCCCUUCCAUAAUUGGAUGCACAGAACACAACAACAUCCUUCUUCAUCAAUGCUAGGUGUAAACUCAAGGACUUCAUCAACAAUUGUACCCUAUUCUUUGUUAGAGCCACCUUCAAACCCAAUCUAUAGUGGAACCUAUGUUUCUAAGAGGAAGGAGGAGAAGAUGAUAUGGACUAAACGACCAAAUGCCUUCUCCCUUGAUAUUCCACCUGUGUCCUCUUCCAAAUUUAAACCUCUCAGUUUCCCUAAUCCUCCUGUGUCCUCUUCCAAUUUUAAACCUCUCACUUUCCUUGAUCCUAUGAAAGCAAGUGAAUCCAUUUCAUGCAGCAGUGGAAGAAGAUUCAACUUGGAUUUUGGCAAUUCAACGAUAAGGGAAAUUCCUUCUCUUUCAGCGUCCAACUCAGAGCUGAUCUCAAAGAAAAAUAAAAAAGGAAAGAAGAAUAUUGGUGGAGAUUUUCACACAGUGGAUCCUCCUACUCGAUGCUCAUGUUCCAAGUUAAAGUCUCCUUCAGGUUUCGUACCAUUUCACCACCAGGAAAAAAUGAAAGACCAAGUCCCUCCACCAUCAAGGUACAAUCAACCAAAUCAACAAAAACUUGGGUACAAUGGCAUCCCUUCAUCAGCAAAGAUGGCACAAAUUGGACAACAAUCUGAUAGGUUUCAGAACUGUAAUGUGGUGGGAGAAAGUGUUGAUCUUGAUCUCAGUUUGAAGCUGUGAACAUCUUCUUCCCAUUUCUUGUGGUGUCACUUUUAGGCAACUGUAAUCUUGUAUGGUUAUGUUUUAUUUAAUUUCUUUGUUUAAUGACUUUGUUUAUGUUAGCCCUAAUUUUGGCGGAGCUUUGGUUAUUUUCUAUUUCCUUGGUUUACAUUUCCUUUGGUUAAUGCUUGACGGGAUGAAUGGGUAAUUGCAAUGAAAAACUAAUUUGUGUUUAAUGCACAAAUAUAAUGGAAUAGAACAAAUUUCUUUGAUAUCUUUUA